AUGCAGCUCGUGGAAAUGCAAGAAAUGGACUAUAAUGAUUUGCUCUACUCCGACAUCUCCAACAUCACCUAUCCUCCCGUAGACGAGCUCAAGGCAGCCCCCUGUAGUGUGUCUAUCUUGGGCUUGAGCAGUGUUGGUCUGAUGGUCACAUACAUCAUUGUGUUUGUCCUAAGUGUGCUGGGCAACAGUGUGGUCAUCUACGUGAUGUGCUGCAUGGCUAGGGGCCGGACCACCACAGACAUCUACCUGAUGCACCUUGCCAUGGCCGACCUCCUCUUCUCCCUGACCCUCCCCUUCUGGGCCGUCUACGUCUACUCUCACUGGAUCUUUGGUACCUUCCUCUGUAAGCUCCUGUCUGGCCUCCAGGAUGCUGCCUUUUAUAGUGGGGUCUUCCUGUUAGCGUGCAUUAGCGUGGACCGCUACCUGGCUAUCGUGAAGACCGCGCAGGCGCUGGCUAAACGGCGCCACCUGGUGGGGAAAGUUUGUGGAGCCGUGUGGCUGGGUGCGGGGAUUCUCUCAUUGCCCGCGGUGCUCCAGCGGGAAGCUAUCCAACUGGAGGAUCUUGGCGACCAGACCAUCUGCUACGAGAACCUGACUGCGUCGAGCAGCAACCAGUGGCGGGUGUUUGUGCGGGUGCUUUGCCACACGCUGGGCUUCUUCCUGCCGCUGGCAGUCAUGGUCGUAUGUUACAGCUGCACGGCGGCGACAAUGUUCCGUGGCAUGCGCAACGGCGACCACAAACACAAGGCCAUGCGCGUCAUCCUGGCCGUGGUGUUUGCGUUCGUGAUAUGUUGGCUGCCGUGCAAUGUCAGCGUGCUGGUAGACACAUUGAUGCGGGGCGGCUCGCUGGGCGAGGAGACGUGUGAGUUCCGGAACAGUGUGAGUGUGGCGCUGUACGUGACCAAGGUGAUAGCGUUCACGCACUGUGCAGUCAACCCCGUGCUGUACGCCUUCAUCGGGCAGAAGUUCCGGAACCAGCUCCUGCUGACGCUCCACAAGCAUGGACUGAUCAGCAAGAGGGUGCUGGCCGCUUACCGCAGGAGCUCGGCCCACAGCACGGUCAGUCAAAGGUCUAGGAACACCUCCGUUAGCCUGUAA